CGCAGGCUCAAAAAUGGCUGCGCUGCUGCGAGCCAUGAAGAAAAUCAAUAUUUAUUCUCCUCGCCCCGAAGAUUUCAAGCUGGGCUUUAGCAGAGGUCUAAGCUGAUUUACUGGGUUUAAAGUUGUUUUUGAUCAAAAUGAUGAAUGGCAUGUGUGGCAGCAGUGGUGGUGGUGCUGUCAUCAUUCGAGCUGUUGAGGGUCGCAGCACUGUUGAUGCUUCGUCUGCUCUCUCAGGGCUCACCAGUGACAUGUCUGAAAGCAUUGUUGCGGAGUCACUUGAGUCUCCCACAGGUGGUCUUUCUCCUUCACAACAUGCUCUCUCAUCACCACAAAAUCUUAGUGAUGAUGACGACAUGCCUCUGUCACCAGAAAGUUUUGAUGACGAUGGUGGCUCUUCACCAUAUUUUUCACCGAACUAUGAUGACGUGACCGCCCAGUUAGCGGCGGCAGGUGGGUGGGCAGGACCUGUGGGUGUGGCCGCUGCUGCCGCUAUCGCCUCAGCCAAGAAGCGCAAGAAGCAUCACUGUUUUGAACUCAAUCCUUCCAUUAGGAAGCGACAACAGACCAGGCUACUCAGGAAAUUAAAGCUCACCAUCGAUGAGUACUCAACACGCGUGGGACAACAAGCGGUGGUGUUGGUGGCAACACCCAGCAAGUCCGGCAACAACUUCAAGUGCUUUGGUGCCAAACCCUUAGAAGAUGUUAUCAAGUCACUGCGGCAGAUGAUCAUGUCAGAGCUGGAGACCGCCCUGGCCCUGCAGGCGCCCCCGCCGCCUCAGGAGGACCCGUCGCUGUACGAACUGCCGCCCCUCGUCAUCGACGGCAUCCCCACGCCCGUUGAGAAGAUGACCCAGGCACAGCUCAGGGCUUUUAUUCCCCUAAUGCUUAAAUAUUCCACAGGGAGAGGGAAGCCAGGCUGGGGCAGAGACACCACUCGUCCAGCUUGGUGGCCUAGAGAAGUUCCGUGGGCCAACGUCAGGAUGGAUGCAAGAUCAGAAGAUCAGAAACACAAGAUAUCUUGGACUACAGCAUUGCGGCAAGUUGUGAUUAAUUGUUACAAAUACCACGGCAGAGACGACCUGCUCCCUGCAUUUGUGGAGGACGAUGAAAAGAGCCAAGGCAUGACUGGUGAUAUAAACUUGAUGAACAGCAGCGUCCUCACAGCGAGCGUGGUGCAGGGUGGCAAUUCUAAUGUAUGUUCCGUCAGUGGUGGCAACACUUCAGAUAACUCUGGCACAACUAUAUUUUCUGGGCCCAUAGUGCAAACUGUGAGCAAUCACGACGGCACUGUGAGCAUCAUACAAGUGGACCCCAACAACCCAGUCAUACAUUUGCCGGACGGCACCACGGCACAAGUUCAGGGCAUAGCGCACGUGACCGGUGACGGAGGGGAUAGCGACGGGGGCAUGCAGACCGUGUCGCUGGACCUCAACCAACACACCACCGAGGCCACCAUCGGCCAAGACGGGUCCAUCAUCAUCACCGGCGUCGACGGCACGCAGAUCCCGGUGAGCGUGUCGGGCGCUUACUGCUCGUCCUCGCUGUCAGGCAUGAUCAGCGUGCCUCUCUACCACACCGUCGUGGCCAACAUCCACGGCUCCGACGGCCAACCCUUGCACGUUGUUACGCCUAUUGCUCAGGUACCGAAGCUCGAGCCUGGCCUGGAUGGUGGUGGACUGAGCGGCGUGGAGGUGGCCACGCUGAACACGUCCCUAGACGGCAACAUAAUAGCGACGACAAGCGGCCAUCACACCAUUGACGAUGACGACGGCAACAAACAACAGCGCACACACGCCAUACACGUCGUGCAGCACAAGGGGCACAACUAGCCGGCACCUCGCAUUACAUGUCAUGGUGACACGUCUGCGGUUGUGUUGAAACAUAUUAAACUAUGCAACACGUCUGCUGUUUGAUCGGCAUCAACAGGCUUAUUAAGUGUCGUCUUAAUUUAAGAACAACCAGCACGACACAUCUACAGCCUGCAUGACACAUCAACAGUCUACACGACACAUCAACAGUCUGCACGACACAUCAACAGCCUGCACGACACAUCAUCAACAGCCUGCACGACACAUCAUCAACAGCCUGUACGACACAUCAACAGCCUGCACGACACAUCAACAGUCUGCAUGAUGCAUCUUCUCUCGCGACAAUUAAUUGUCUUGAUGACAUAUCUAGUCAUUAGAAUACUUCGACCAUCGGGAUAUUACGUGAACAAUUGCUGCACACACGGUCACGUAUCAGCACUCAUGGUCUGUUAUGAUCGCGUAUACUUAUUGACGAGAGCGUUGCUGCAAAUGGCCAGUGGCAUUGAACCCUAUUUCGUCGGCAAAAAUGCUUUGCUGCUUCUGAUGCAGCCUCGAAAUUGCGAUGUAGCUGCUCAGAAAACUUCAGCCAGCCCAACCCUAUUGUGAAGCAUCCUAUUGACAUUGUCUUUUUGUGGCUUGUACACUAAACCACUAACAGGCUCACUGUUUAAAGCCAAGACUCUAAGCUUCCUUCAAUGUGCUGUGAGAUCGCUGGGUUCGCACCUCGGCAUCUGGUUUAUCGACUUGACUGUCAUAUUUACAAUUCUUGAAUCUAUCAAUUUGAACGGUAAUAAUUUGUAUUCAAUUUAUUUUUUGCAAUUUCCGUUUUU